AUGGCUUCCAUCCUGGACGAGUACGAGGAUUCCCUGUACCGCUCCGCUUCCGUGCCGCAGAGCCGCGCCAGCGUGGGAAUCCCACACUCCGGAUAUGUGAAUGCACGGCUGGAGAAGGAAACACCAAUAUUUAACAAGCAAAGGAUUGAUUUUUCUCCUCCGGAGAAAAUUAACAGCUUGGUGGUCUCCUCUAACCAGCUGUGUAUGAGCCUUGGGAAAGACACCCUUCUCAGGAUUGAUCUUGGGAAGCCAGAUGAACCUAAUCAGGUAGAGCUGGGACGCAAAGAUGAAGCCAAAGUCUACAAGAUGUUUCUGGACCACACAGGCUCUCAUCUGCUGAUUGCUCUGAACACCAGUGAAUGCCUUUACCUGAACAGAAGUGUUCAGAAAGUGCGAGCGCUCUCCCGCUGGAAGGGCCACCUGAUUGAAAGUGUAGGCUGGAACAAAUUCCUUGGUUCAGAGACCAACACGGGGCCUAUUCUGGUGGGGACAGCCCAGGGACAGAUCUACGAGGCUGAAAUCUCUGUCAGCGAGGGAAGCCUCUUCAGCACUAAUCCUGACCAGUACUUCCGACAGGUCUACACUCUGGAGGAGGAAUCGGGACCGGCUCCGGUCUGCUGCUUGGAGAUUGAGCGAGGGGUAGAAGGGAAAUUUUUUAUUAUAGCCACCACUCGAAAGAGACUCUUCCAGUUUGUUGGCAAAGUGCCUGAAGGGACAGAGCAGCAAGGCUUCGGCUCCAUCUUUGCUAUGCAUGCUGACCAUUUGCCCAGCUUCCGGGAGUUUCCAGCCAACUUGGGUUUCAGUGAGAUAGCCUUUUACACCCCAAAACUGCGCUCCAACCCACGCUCCUUUGCCUGGAUGAUGGGGAAUGGUGUCUUGUAUGGUACCUUGGAUUACAGCCGUCCCGAUUCCAUUCUGAGCGAUGAACGGGUCUGGGUUUACCCUUCCGAUGUUGACAUAACCGUGAACAAGCCAAUCUCCAUUGUGCUCACUCAGUUCCACUUCCUCCUGCUGCUGCCCGAUCGGGUGAAGGCUGUGUGCACCCUGAACGGGCAGGUGGUUUUCCAAGAUCUGUUCCUGGAGAAGUUUGGCUUGCUGACACGCAUGAUCAAAGACCCCACGGUCCAGCAGAUAUGGAUCCACACUGAGAAAGUAGUGUUCCGCUACCACGUCCAGCGGGAGUCUAGAGAUGUGUGGAAGAUGUAUAUGAACAUGAACAAAUUUGAUUUAGCCAAAGAGUAUUGUAAAGACCGUCCAGAGUGCCUAGAUAUCGUGCUGGCAAAGGAGGCAGAGCACUGCUUCCAGAACAAGAGGUAUCUAGAGAGUGCCAAAUGUUAUGCACUGACCCAGAACUACUUUGAGGAAAUUGCUCUGAAGUUCAUUGAAGCCAAGCAAGAGGAGGCCCUGAUGGAGUUUCUCCUUAAGAAGCUAAGUAACCUAAAGCCUUCUGAGAAGACACAGACCACUUUGCUGACCACGUGGUUAACAGAGCUGUACCUGAACUGGCUGGGCAUAUUGGAGGGAGAUCCCUCACAGCGAAAUCUCUACCUGGAUACACGGGAGAAGUUCCGCACCUUUCUGAGCAGCCCUAGGAACAAGGACUGUCUGUUUAAUAACAGGGCAUCCAUCUAUGAGCUGUUGGCGAGCCACGGGGACACUGAGCACAUGGUCUACUUUGCAGUCAUCAUGCAGGACUAUGAGCGUGUAGUAGCUCAUCACUGCCAGCAUGAUGAGUACGAUGAGGCUCUAAAUGUGCUGUCCAGGCACAGAGAUGAGAAACUGUUCUACAAGUUCUCUCCAGUCCUUAUCCAGCAUAUUCCCAAGAAGGUAGUUGAUGCUUGGAUUUCUAUGGGCUCCAGACUGGAUGCCAGGAACCUCAUUCCAGCCCUUGUUAACUACAGCCAGAGUGCCAGCACGCAGCAGAUCAACGAAGCCAUUAGAUACAUGGAGUUCUGUGUCUAUCAGCUGGAGGAAACCCAGCAAGCCAUUCACAACUACCUGUUGUCUCUUUACGCUUUGUGUCGGCCGGACUCGCUGCUCUCAUACCUGGAGCAGGCAGGAACCAACCCAAACCACAUCCACUAUGACCUGAAGUACGCCUUGCGGCUGUGCGCGGAGCACGGCCACCACCGUGCCUGUGUCCACAUUUACAAGGUGAUGGAGCUGUAUGAGGAGGCUGUGGAUCUCGCCUUGCAGGUGGAUGUUGAUCUUGCAAAGUCCUGUGCAGAUCUCCCUGAAGACGAUGAGGAGCUGCGGAAGAAGCUGUGGUUGAAGAUUGCUCGCCAUGUUGUCCAGGAGGAGAAGGAUGUGAAGAAGGCAAUGGCCUGCCUCUCCAGCUGUGCCCUGCUGAAGAUCGAAGAUGUCCUGCCAUUCUUCCCAGACUUUGUCACUAUUGACCAUUUCAAGGAAGCAAUCUGUAACUCCCUGGAGGACUACAACAAACAUAUUGAGGAGCUGAAAAGGGAGAUGGAGGAAGCCACACAGAGUGCCAAGAGAAUCCGAGAGGACAUCCAGGAGAUGAGAAAUAAAUAUGGCUCUGUGGAGCCUCAGGAAAAGUGUGCUGCUUGUGACUUCCCUCUUCUGAACCGCCCUUUUUACCUUUUCCUCUGUGGUCACAUGUUUCACUAUGACUGCCUCCUCCAAGCCGUUUUCCCAAACCUCCCUGCCUAUAAGCAGGCAAAACUUGAAGAUCUUCAGAAGAAGCUGGCAGCUACCAGUCAGCCUUCCAAGAGCCACCAUCGUCCCAAGGACGCAGAUAGCAUUAGCCUGGGGAAGGGGCAGCAGAGUCGGGAACAGAUCAAAGCCGACAUCGAUGACAUUGUGGCAGCUGAGUGUGUGUACUGCGGUGAGCUGAUGAUCCGCUCCAUCGACAAACCUUUCAUUGACCCUCAAAAAUAUGAAGAGGAGAUGCAGAGCUGGCUCUAAUUCUCCAAACCUGCAACUGCCAGAGCACCACAGUGCUUUUGUUCACAGCUUGGGAAGCUUCUGUGGUAGGAAUACAACCUCCAAAAGCAGGAACACAGUAGCUUCUGUGAAACUCCAAGGAACGAGUAGUGGGGUCUUGUCAUCAGGAUGACAGUGAACUGGUCUUGAAAAAUGGGGAGGUGCAGCUACGGCUGUCUAAGAAUUUGAGCAAUAGUUAGAGCUAACCUAAUGGAAUACAAUUAGCAGAUGUUUGCUGCUUGCAGUUCUGAGGUUCUCUGUGUGAAGCUAAUGGUGUGCCUUGUUUUCCAGGAGGAACUGGGAACAGCCUGUGAUUUGUCUGUCCUGUUGUGUGGUUAUUUGUUUUGGUUAAGAGAAGCUCAAAGGGGAAGGUAGUGAGGAAUACUAAGCAGUGUAACCUUCAUUCAUCACUUUGAAAGCUAGAAUUAUCUUAUGUUUCCUUUUGGCUGAGAGUCUGCAACCAGGUACCUGGAGAGAACAUGAAAGAACAAAUGCUCUUGCAUAUGCAUUUUGUAAACAUCAUGUUACACAAAUACAUGUUUCUACACAAUGUAACACAAGAAUGUGCAUCAUUCUCGAGCAGGAGUGUCUCAUAAUGUGCUGAAGUCAUUUGCCUGCAAUUCAAGGUGUAUAAUUCUUUCUCCCCAAGCUUUACAGACAAGCCUGUACAUCUGAAUUCUCUCUUAAGUACUGUUUCUGGCAAUGCUUCCCAGCCUGUUCACCCCUCCCUCCCUCUCUCCAUCCUGUUUCUACCAUGGCUUUGUAUAGUGGGUCUUGGUUGUGCCCUCAUCUCAAACCCAAGCUGAUACAUGCACUCCUAAGGUUUCAUCUGAUACUCUGCAAGCAGGAGCACAGCCUGUUUAUAUUGUCCUGCUGAGGUCCUCUUCAAGCUGCACUUGAGUACUAGACUAGAGAUCUACUCAUAGGUUCUCCU